AUGAAUGCAGACCUUACAAAGCAGGCCAAGAAGAUGCUUCGUACCCCCAAGUGCUCGCGGUGCCGGAACCAUGGCUUCCUGGUACCAGUCAAGGGCCACGCGGGCAAGUGCCGCUGGAAGCAGUGCACCUGCGAGAAGUGCUACUUGAUCACCGAGCGCCAGAAGAUCGUGGCUGCACAAAAGAUGCUCAAGAAGCAGGCCUCUGGAGAGGAGCAGGAGGUGGCCCUGUGCGCACAGGGACCCCAGCUGGCCCCCGGGGGUGCGGCCGCCACCCCAGGCCCAAGCUUCUGCCCGCUGCUUCCGCUUGCCCCUUUGGGAGACGCGCAGCCGGGCCCUUCGGGCCAGGUGGCCGCCUGCCUGCCUGAGAGGCCCCCGCGGGGCCAGAGCCCCAGCCUGAGUGCCUUCCAGCCGGUGCUGGGUGGCCACAACCGCGGCCACGUGGGCCUGAGCGAACAAGCAGCCAGGGCCAGGCCCAGCUCUCUGGAGCCCCAGCUGACGGCAGAGGCCGCCGGCCAGGGCUACCCCGGCUGCCUGGAGCUGCGCAGGCUGCCGCAGCCUGUGCCCAGCCCGCCGUUCACCGACUUCGGGCUCCCUCUGAGCAUCAACUCAGGUUCUGUGGUGGGGUCUGAGUGCCUGGAGAGAGAACCUCCCAAGCUGUACCCCAGCUGCUCCAGCAUGUACCCCUACCGCCCUUUUCCUCUGGGCUACCAGGAUGCGUCCCCAAGUGUGGGGAUCCCCCUGCAGCAGAGUUUCCAGCACCUGCCCUAUAGCCACUACUAUGGAGGAGGCUUGGUGGCGGAACCUGUGGGAGACUUCCAGCCGAGCUACUACCCGCCGCUGGGGCAGCCGCCACUGGGGCAGCCGCCGCAGCCUCAGUUCCUCCCGCCGGGCUUGCUGUCUGCGCUCCACUUCCUCCUGCCGCCGCUGCCCCCACCGCCUCCAGCAACCUCCUCGCUGACCGUCCUGUCUGACACGGACAAGGAGAACACCGAUGACCAGGAUGUGGAGGGGCCGAGCGAGCCCAGCCAGCCAUCGUCCCAGGAGCAGUCCGACUAG